UUCCUCGCGCUGUCUUCUUCCCCGCUUCUUCCGCAAACCCUCGCGUUCUCCAACCCCCCACCAUGUGAAGAAGACGAAGCGGAAGAAGGAUCCGAAGGCUGAUGCUUCUUCGAGGGAUCCCUCGUUCCGAUCGUUCUAACCUCCGAUUCCUCUUUCGAUCUCCGAUCGAUGCACGGCGUCGCCGCCUCGUGUUCCACUCCCCAGCCGCCGCCCCCUGCGGCCUCCCUCCUUGCGCCAGGGUUUCGGUUCCACCCCACCGAUGAGGAACUCGUCGGUUAUUACCUCAAGCGCAAGGUCAGCGGCCGACCCCUACGCAUUGACGUCAUCGCUGAGGUUGAUCUGUGCAAGUGCGAGCCGUGGGAGCUGCCCGGCCGCUCCCGCCUCCAGAGCCGCGACCUGGAGUGGUACUUCUUCUGUCCCGUCGACCGCAAGUACCCGAACCGGUCCCAUACCAACCGCGCCACCGCCCGGGGAUACUGGAAGACCACCGGCAAGGACCGCCCCGUCCACCGCCGCGGCCGCGUCGUCGGAAUGAAGAAGACUCUCGUGUUCCACGAUGGCCGCGCCCCCCAUGGCGCCAGGACCAACUGGGUCAUGCACGAAUACCGCCUUGAGGACGACGAGCUCACCCAUUCUGGGAUUCCACAGGAUGCGUAUGUUGUGUGCAGGAUCUUCCAGAAAAGCGGUGCGGGUCCUAGGAAUGGGGCUCAAUACGGUGCGCCAUUUAUCGAGGAGGAAUGGGAGGAGGAGGAUGAGAAGGCUGCUGAUGGAUUGUCUGUGACUCCGUUUGGCGGGGAUGCUGAGAUCAAUGAGGCCCUUAAUUCCGAGUUCAUGGAAAUCAAUGAUCUUCUUCAGAGCAAACAUAUGGGUCACCAAAAUGGGAGAGCUGCCCUCUGUCUGGAGGAUACUGAUGGACAGGGUAGUGAUAGCCACCCAGUAGAUCCUAUCCAUAUCCUUGAUGUUUUCCCAGAAGAGAUACGUAAUGAUCAAAAUUUGACAGACAAGGUGUUAGAUUGUAUCUAUGAACCUAAUUUACAGAGUAGUCAAACCCUCACGGGUGGUUCUGGAGAGCAAAUUAUCUUGAAUGAUAUUGCUUAUAGUUAUCCUGUACAACUUGAAGAAUUUGUGCAGCUUAACGACCUUGAGGAUGAUUCUGUGAACAUCAGUUACCCCGUUGGUGAAGGAUUUGUCAGUUGUCCUUUGUUGGAAUGCCAUGCAAGUUUUGUAAAUAGAGUACAUUAUGGACUUGAAGAUGAUGAGUUCUUUGACGCCAUAAUUCAAAGCGCUGAACCAGUGGUGGAUAACUUCAAUCUGCAAGCAACUGAUCCUCUGAAUACUCUAUCUGGUGAUUAUGCAUCAUAUCAAGAUGCCCAAGACAUGGUUUUCCAUGAUGCAUCUAGUGAAUUUCUGGCAAAUGGACAUGAUAAUUCCGUAUAUCAGAAUGAACUUCUAUAUUCGUCCAUUGCAGGUCCUCACAGUUCUAAUUUUGAUGCUGAGGUAAUGGCAUACUUUGAUGCAUUGGAUGAUGGCUUAGAGAAUGAUAUUUUCAGUUCCUUUGAAAUCUUGGAACAUAAAGAUUCAUCUGCUUCGAGCCAGUUUAUCUCAGAGGUUGAUGGUGGUGAUGGUACCACAAAUAUGGCAAUUCCGGAGCUGCUGUACACUAAUGUUGGGGGUAAUUUAUUGCCAGCUUUACCUCUAACUGAUAAUCAGUUCGUCAACGAGUACGAGAACAUUCCUGUUGCGCCAGAUAUCAAACAGAACAUCAAUGGCAAGAGAACAAUCACAAGUCAUCUGGUGAACAUGCUGGGCUCAAUAUCUGCACCCCCAGCAUUUGCUGCAGAAUAUCCUGCUAGUUUAGGAAGUACUCAUGUCACAGUCGGCAUGGUCGAUGUACAUGGCUUAUCAGCUACAAGCAGCACAGGACACUGCUCCUUGCAAAAGAAUGGAAACGGGGAUCUUCUCCUUUCAUACAGCAUCGCAGAAAAUCUAGGUAGGAAAAAAUCUUCAGGUUUUCAACCAUUUAGGAAAAUUCAGGACUGGACCUUAUCAUUCUUGCUUCGAGGUGGCUGCUAUCCUUUCUUCCUCUCGGCACUGGUUCUUACUAUUAGCUACAAAGUUGGUAUGUGUAUUUACGGCAAGUAAUUUAGGUUUAUGUACGCUGUAAUAUUACUGUUUGACUGCAGAAACAUAUUUUUGGAACUCAAAGGGGGGAACAGCCUCAUAUGUAGGGACAAAUGCACUGCAUGACAAACUCUGAUUUCUAGCUGUCGUAAGUGUCAGGAUCUAUUUGCAAUCCAUGCAAUUCCUGCAAAAAAUGAUCUGAAACUUUGUGUUUC